AUGGGAUUGGGUACACCGAAAACGAUAUUACUCAAAUCAAGUGAUGAAGAUCUUUUCGAAUUGCUAAAUCUAGUGUCGCCAACUAUCACAAACUUAAACAUCUGGAUAAACAUAACUCAUGAGAACACUCAGAUAUGUCUACGGGAGGUUUUGUUCAAGAUACCAUGGAAGAAACUCAGAUGUUUGAGGAUAUUCAAUCUCUGCGUGAGAAGGUACGCUGCCUCUGAUGGAGAUCACCAACAAAUCGAGGCGGAGGACGAUCCAGGUAAAUCAUUCGAUCCCGAAGAGUUAGGCGAUCCGUAUCACUCAGGAGAAUUCCAAAUGUUUAGUGAAUUCAACUUACAGAUCCUCUACCCACCGGAUAUGAGUGAAAAUCAAUUCGAACGUCAAAUUCAAUUAGACCUGGGACACCUCUCAUCGUUGGCUAGAUCCAUGGUGAAGAUACUAGGUUUGUUUACCUCGGCUGGAUUGACGAUAGGGUACAAGUCAGAGACAAUGGAUGAUAUAGUCAAGUCAAACAUGUACUCCAGAAAGAUGAAUGAUGGAUUGUGGAAUGAGAUGAGUGUUAUUAGGAAGAAACACUGGGAUAAGAAGAAAAGACAACCAUGA